CGAAAGUCGGGUGAUUCAGUAGCACUAUCUUUCAUUAUCAUAUGGCUACUUGGUGACUUAUUUAAUUUGACCGGCGCUAUUUUACAAAAUUUAAUAUUUACAGUGAUUCUUAUUGCACUAUAUCAUACCGGAAUCGAUGUUGCAAUCGUACUACAAAUUUUUUAUUAUCGUCUCCGUAAAAAUAGAAAUCCUGACUGGGAUGAAGAAGUAACUCUUUUACAACCACAACCAGCGCGCAACGAAUCACGAACUUCCGUAUAUCGAUCAAGGGUCAGAGAAUUUUUUGAAAUUUUUGCAGGGCUCGUUGGAGUUUGCGUGGGUGGCAUUAUUAUGUAUUAUAUCUCUACGCUAUUUCGGGAUAACGAAGGGAGUGAAAAGGACGAUCAAUUGGAAUUGGAAUUGCUACCUCAAAUUUUUGGAUGGGGUAGCGCUAUUCUUUAUCUUAGCGCAAGAAUUCCUCAAAUUAUUCGAAAUCAUAAGUCACAAUCUACUGAAGGAUUAUCACUGGCCAUGUUCUGUUUUUCUGUUUUGGGUAACGUUACAUUUUGUGCGUCAAUAUUCCUCUAUUCGACAAAAUCUAAGUAUUUACUUGUAAACCUUCCUUGGUUGAUAGGAAAUGGUGCAACAUUACUAUUUGAUUUUACGCUUCCUCAGGUUUGGAAAAGAUUAAUUUCAUCAAAAUUAAAGCAUCCAAAUCCAGAAAUUAAUAAUAGUUCUGAUUUGGAAGGAUCCAAAUCAAAUAGCUCUAAUUUAAAUAGUUUAGAUUCAGAAUAUUUUAUAUGUAAUUCAAAUACUGGUAAUGAUCAGAAUAGUCUUAAUUCAGAAGGUUCAGAAAUAACAAUUGCAAAUAACUGUGAUAAUUAUAAUUAUUACGAUUCUGAUUACAAUAAUUAUGAUCUUGAUAACAAAAAUUAUGAUCGCAAUAAUUAUGCCUUCGAAGAUAAUUACAAUAACAACAAUUAUGAUCAUAACAAUUAUGAUCAUGACAAUUAUGAUCACAACAAUUACGAUCAUGACAAUUAUGAUUACAACAAUCAAGAUCACAACAAUUAUAAUUACAAUAGUUAUAAUAAUUAUAGUAAUGAUAAUAAUAAUUUACCUAGAAGUUCACAAUUACAAGCUUGA